CACACACACACACUCAGUGUCAGUAGCCUAUGUAGAACCACGUAGCACCAGCUUUGGAUUUUAACCACCAACACCACCACCAACACCACCAGCCCGAGCGGCAAUGGAUUUCUUUGAAUUCGACUUUUUCAGAGACUGGGAGCUUGAACAACCAUGUCAUCUGGAGUCAGAGCGCAGCGCUCUGAAGAGGAGAGAGUGGGAGAGGAGGAACCAGGAGGUCCAACAGGAUGAGGACCUGUUCUCUACUGGAUUCAACCUGUUUGGAGAACCCUAUAAAACUAAUAAAGGUGAUGCAUUGGCCAAUCGUGUCCAGAACACGCUGGGCUCCUACGAAGAAAUGAAAGACCUGUUAACCAGCCAUUCCAACCAGAGCCACUUGGUGGGAAUCCCCAAGGGAACAACAGCGAACAGCAACCUGCAGCAAACCCCGACCACUUCAACCACAGAAAGACCCACCAUGGAGCCAUCCCAGCUUUUUAAUGAAGCCCUGAGAGGAGGAACAGGUGGAGCAGGAGGAGCAGGAGGAGGAGGAGGAGCAGAGGCAGGUGGGGACAAGAAGACAGGAAAUGCACCUUCUUCCUCUUCAGCUUCAAUGCAACCGCCUGCUUCAACCACAUCAUCAUCAACAGCGAUCCCACAUCAGAACUCCAAAAAGUCCCGGGGCUCCAUGGACUGGUCACGGGGAGGCCAUGGACAGAGCACCCAGGGGACAGGUCUUGUUCUGGGGUUAGGGCAGAAUGGGCAGGGGCAGGUCACAGCAGGAGCUACUAGCAGCAGAGGGAAAAUGUCUUUGCUGGACGAGCAGCAGAGGCACGAAGAGCUGUUCAGCUCACUCAAAGAUGAACUUGGUCUAAAAGAAGAUUCGAGCCCUUCUUCUUCCUCGUCAUCUUCCUCUUCCUCUUCUUCUUCUAGAAGGCACUCUUCCCACCCAGCCAAAACCCAUCCACUCACUGAUGGUGGCAAUUUUCGAUCUACUGCCAUGGAUGGCGGCCACUUCAAGUCUUCCACUAAUACAGAAAAUGGUGGACAUUUUAAAUCCUCCCCAUUUGAAAGCGAGACAGGCUCCCACCUCUGUACAUCCUCCUCCCCGCUGGCCUCCACAUCAGUUCUGACAACACCCACUCCAGGUCUAACCACACCCACAUCUGGACUGACCACGCCCACCUUCCCACCUGGUAGCCUGUCAGGGAAGCCGAUAGCUGUGCAACAGAAGCCUACAGCAUAUGUUCGACCAAUGGAUGGGCAAGACCAGGCGCCUAGUGACUCGCCCCAGCUUAAACCCCCUCUAGUGGCCACAGAGGGAUUUAACAACAGCCAGGCUUAUGGAGGAAACUCUGGAAAUGUGAAGAAUAAACUGCCCAAGCUGAGUCUCAACCACACAGGAGAGGUCAGCCUACCAAACGACUCCAGCUGUGUUGAGGAGAUUUUGCGGGAGAUGACCCAUUCCUGGCCUCCUCCACUAACAGCCAUACACACUCCUGGGAAAGCUGAUCAGACCAAGUUUCCCAUCCCAAACAAGGAGUCGCAGCAUGUGACCUCAGGCUACAACACCCAGAAGCGAUGCACUGUAUCAGCUAACAAGCCUGCUGCUAAACCACCAACUGCACCACAGAAGUCAAUGUUGGAGGAUGACCUGAAGAUCAGCAGCGAUGAGGAAGAGGCCGAACAACAGGUGUCAGACAAGCCCAAAGCCAGAGGCACAGCCCUGAGUGGUGCAUCAGGGAGCAGCAGUGAAUCAGAAAGCAGCUCAGAGUCUGACACCGACGAGUCUGAGAGCAGCUCCAGUGACAGCGAGUAUAAUCAGGCCUCCCGCACAAACACUCCAGAGCCCGAGCCUCCUUCAACUAACAAGUGGCAGUUGGACAGCUGGUUGAAUAAGGUCCAAGCUCAAACCAAACCCCUGGUUCCCCCACAACAAGAACAUCAUGGCACAGGCUCCAUCACCCAGGGUCCAGAGACAUUCUCUCCAGGCAAUGAAGCACCAGGAGUGGGUACGGCUGCCAAAACCAAGCCCUGUGGAUCGAACAGUACCCCUGUUCCAGCUGCACCUACAGUUGAGCACAAGGACACAAGAGCAGCUUUCUGCCCAGGCAGAGAGAAGGCAAAGGCCAAGCUGAGCCAGAAGGCCUCAGGGGAGGGCCAGAGGUCAAAGAUGAGGCUGUCGCUGGGCCUGUUGUCCGGGCCUGAGGUCACAACCCCAAGGAGGAACACCACAGGGAAGAAACAGCCCAGACGGACAGAGAGGUCAAACAGCGUGGAGGAUAAUCAGAACCAGACAUGGAACAGAGCAAAUCAGCACAGCCCUGCAGCGAGGGACAAGGACCUGUUGCCUCCCCCUACCCUGGAGCAUCAGAACCCCCCGAGGCCGCGAAGUAAACCUCCCAGUGGGAAAACAGCUCCAAGGAAAGAACCUCGCAGUGCUACCAACUCAAACAAUAACACAGCCACUCCACCAGCAGUGCUACAGCAAACCCCACUGCCAGUACCUGCUGUCAGUGUGAACCAGGAUAAGCGGAAACACAGAGGUCCCAGCACCAGGAUCACACCCAAGUCCAGAGAAUUCAUCGAAACGGAUUCCUCCUCCUCUUCAUCAGAAUGCCAGUCGGAUACAGAGGAAGCCAUCAAAAUCCCAGCUUUGCCGCCUCAGACGACACGCUCUGCGAUUAACACACAGACUCUGUCCAACACGCACAUACACGCGCCUCUUCUCCCAUGCCUUGGCUCUGCUGGUGGUGUGGGGAGUCUGGGAACAUUUGGAGGGAAGGGACUUCGAGUCAAAGAUGGUAGCAGUGUGCCCACUAAUGGUAGCAGCAGCAGUAGUAAUAGUAGCAUCGGCGGUGGUAAUAAUGGCAGCAGUAGUAGCUGUAACUCCCUGAGCAUUAGCAACAUAAGUGGUUCAUUUGGCACUUCUGUUCCUGAUCCCGGAGGGUUGGGAGGGCAGACCAAAGACCUGGAGUCCAUGUCACCACCUUCCAAUCUUGGACAUGAGGUGCCUCUCUCCCCCUUGAGGGAAUACCAUGAGAUCCAGAGUUUAUGGGUGAAAAUUGACCUAAGUUUGCUCAGCAGGGUGCCUGGCCAGGGUGUGGGGGAAAGAUCAAGGGUGGGAAUUGCAGAAAGGGACGGGAGUGAGGGGAGAGACAGAGAGAGACAGGGGGAGAGGGAGAGGAUAGGUGUGGCAGAGAGAGAAAGACAGAAACAGGAAGAGAGAGAGUGGCCAGGGCUAAGGGAGAGACAGAAGCUGACGAAAGGGGAGAGACAAGAGGAAGAAAAUGAGCAAUUAGCGCAGGACAGAGAGAGGCAAGGUGACAGAGACAGAUUAACAGAGAGAGAGAGGCAGACGGACAGAGAGGACAGGGAACGAUUCGGACUUGGGGAGAGAGAGAGGACGACAGCGAGGGACAGAGAGAAGAUAUGCCAAGGUCUGGGGGUCCUGGACAACACCCCUGUGCAAGAGCAGAAUAAUCCCAGGCUGGCUGGGAGGACAGAGAGAGGAGAGAACGGAGGUAAACACAGAAGGCAGGCAGCUGCAAACAUGGUGGUUCCAACUGAGAAACACACAAGCAAGAGCAAGAGGAAACACAAGUCGGACCACGGAGACUCAUCAGUGAACUGCAACAAGAAGCUGCGAUUGGACAAAGACUGUCUGCUCCUCCCACCCUGCAUCUCUCCAAUACACAACCACAAGAACAGCUCAACAGAUAGCUCUCUGACCAGGAAGCAGUCUCGAAGGCACGACGAGAAGCUGCUCCCGCCUCUCCUGUCCCCGCUGUCUGAUGACCCCCCUCGUAAACGAGCCUGCGAUGGCAGCUCCUCUCUCAGCCAGGAGGGCAGCGCCGCUGGGAUGUUGCCCUGCACCGCCUCCUCCUCUUCCACCUCCUCUUCCUCGCACAGACACAGGAGAGGUGAAGGAAAGGCGUCAUCGCAUGUGAGAAAUGGCAAUGAAAUGGAUUCCCAUGGCGAGAAGCCCAGUGGAGACGGUUACCAUACCAACAUCCAUUCAGACUCGGAGGUGUGGUCGGAACCUCUGAUGGACCCUGCAGAACCUCGCAGGCCAAAACUGUCGUAUAGUGACACGGUCCACAGUGCCGACUACUAUAUGCAGGAGGCCAAGAGACUGAAGCACAAAGCCGAUGCAUUGAUGGACAAAUUUGGUAAAGCGGUGAACUACGCAGACGGCGCGCUCUCUUUCAUAGAGUGUGGAAAUGCUAUGGAGCGAGAUCCACUAGAGGCCAAAUCACCAUAUACGAUGUACUCUGAGACUGUGGAGCUAAUCAGGUAUGCCAUGAGGUUGAAGAACUUCACCAGCCAUUCAGCCACCAUCUCUGAGAAGAAACUGGCCGUGCUGUGUAACCGCUGUCUGUCUCUGCUGUAUCUGAGGAUGUUCCAUCUGAAGAAAGACCACGCUGUCAAGUACUCACGGUCGCUCAUGGAGUACUUCAAGAAUUCAGCCAAGAGUUCCCACCAAGCACCUUCUCCCUGGAGGACCAAUGGAAAGGUCAAUGGGACCCCAUCUCCUCUGUCACUAAGCCCUUCCCCAGCCAGCAAUGGAGGCGGAGCAGGAGGAGGAUCCGGAGGUGCGCCGGGGUCAUCGGGCAGCGUUGCUAUCCCCCAGCGGAUUCACCACAUGGCUGCCAGUCACGUUAACAUCACAAACAACAUCCUGCGGAGCUACGAACACUGGGAGACGGCUGACAGGCUGGCUGCUGAGAGCCAAGAUUUCUUCCAGGAGCUGGACUCAGUGAUGGAGCCGUUGAGUCAGCAGAGCAGCAUGACUGAGCUGGUUCGCUACGUAAGGCAGGGACUGCACUGGCUCCGCAUAGAGGCUCACCUGCUGUAAAGACUGGACCAGAGCCAACAUUAAGAAUAAGAAAAAACAAAUGGGCCGGGAGCUAGAACUGGGGGGAACAAUUGAGAUGAAACCCAGAACGAUGCUUCAGUUCCCACUGGGAUCCUCUGAAUGACUCAACACCGUGCACGCUAAUAUAAUGGCUCACACCAGGUGGAUUAAUUGGGCUGAAAUCACCUGUAAUUAGGAGUGAACAGUAACUAAGUUUGGAAAUUUCAGCUGUGAACCACAGAAUACAAAUUAGCAUAUUAACAAUUUGGCUGAUGCUGCUUUUUUGGAGCAACAGUAUAUGAGAGAUUGUAGCUUUAACUCCUGAAGGGACAGUACAUGCUGCUAACCUAAUCUCCCUGAGCAGAAAAAAAGACGAGAGGAAAAAAAUGGUUUUACUAAGAUGGGUUCAGUCUCCAAAGGAUAGGUGUGAGGCUGAGCGGAGGGAAAGAGCUCAACAGAGGGUCGUCUCCUCCGGCAGUGGACCAGAAAUGUGUCGAUGAUGAGGACUAGAAUUAAAGCCUUCGGCUGAUAUUGAUCCAAGUGGAAAAGUACCAGUCUAGUCUAUUAAUUAAGGGCCACACUGGUAAAGAGGCCCAGCUACAACCACUACAGCUGAAUUAAUGGAGGCUGAAUUCAGUGCACUUCUUCUGUUUCACUCCAUCUUCAGUCUUUAAAGAGGAAUCCUCAACAACAACAGCCCAAAAGCUGGAACCUGCUAGUGUUGUGUAUAAAAUCAGUCUAAUGCACAGGGAAACAUACUUUUGCCUGAGUUGUUAUUACAGUUAUAAGUUAGUACACUGCUACUUUUUACAUUUAAAGAUCCUUAAAGCCUCAGUCACACUAGAGGGAAAACUUGGCCUGUAGCCUCUUUGUGGCAAGGAAAAAAAAAAAUCAGUGGUUGCUUAGUGAUUGCAUUGAUUUUUGAUUUUUUUUUUUGCCACACUCAACCUCUGGGUGAUCAAGGCAGUCUCACAGGUUGCCGGUGGGAGGCAAACAGUCGCAAUCCAACUUGGACUGACUGCAGUCGCUCUCAGACAGAUUGGAAAGGGUUUGCAAAUGAUUGCCAUCUAAUUUAUAAGUGCAGACAGACUGCCAAAACAUUGCAGUCGAUCUGAGUCAGUCUGCGCAACUCAUCUGCAACAUGUCUCUUUGCAACAGGGGGACUCGACUAAAAUGGUUGCCAGCUGGUUGUUUUCUGGUUAUAUUCCCAUAUUAAAGCAAGGCUGCUGAGCACCUCUGUCACUCUGCAGUUAAAUCACCAUCCUUCAGCAACUGUGUGACUAUUUGUGGAGGAAUUUGUUUCCAAUCUAUGAAAUUCUGUAGUAAAUGUCAGUUUUUGUGUAUGUAGAUGGCAGCAGAUUUGCAACAGAUGGCAAAAGAUUUGUGAUUUUCACCGAUUUAUCACCAGUAAUCCCAGGAUUAUCACAAACAGACUGCAUGUAACUGACAGCUUGACCCCGGUCAAUCGCAAACUGGUAGCAGACUGACUGUCUUAUUGCCGUUUUUCACCAUCUUGAUGCAACAAAGUUGUUUUGAAGAUGACAACUGACUGUGAGCGUCCGCACACCUGGUCCCCGUCUUCAAAGCAACCGUUUCAAAGGCAGCGAUGUGCCUGGUUGGCCUCAAGCCACCGUUUCCCCCUAGUGUGACUGCAGCCUGAUGUGAUGGCAUUUCAGUUUACUACAAAAUAUCAAUUUACUGAAGCUUGAGUUUAUAGUUUGAUUAACAGCAAAGCAAGGAAUGUAAAGUUUCAGUAAUGCUCUGGUGGUUUGUUUAUUUGGGAUCUUGUUAUUUGUGAUCUGCAAUAAUACCAAAAUUAAUUUAUUGGCAGUUCAGGGAGGACCUUUAUGCCACAAUUAACCUUAAUUUCUAAAAAGCGCACACUACAUUUGGGUUUUGUUGUUACUUGAUAGUUAGAACAGACAGAAGUGGUGAACAGCUGGAUAAGAAAAGGGCUCAUGACUAGAACUGGUUCUUUUUCUGGCUGUUGUGAAGCUCUAUGAAUGUUACAUGUGCUGGAAACUAACAGCCGUGUCGAUCUUUCCCUAAAAAUGGACACAGCGGCAGAUAUAUGCAUUUAAAUAAGGAUCUCUGACCAAAUAAAAUGGCAAACAAAAUUACAAAUAUGAUAAGAUGAAGCUUUAAAAAUAUCUGAAAGUGCCCUGUGAGCUUGUACGUGGUCAAGUUGCAGUUCUGUAAGUUACCAGAACAAACACCCAGUUUGCUGGUCCUACAGAUUGUGAUGGUUUUCUUCCAUCACAGAAAGCAUCCGUCUGGCUCUUCUCUCGCUGGUUUGGCGCUUUUGUGAAAUUCCACUCAGUUCUAGUUCCCAUAGUAACCCACCAACUAAGGCGUCAAACACUUACUGGGGGGAAAAAACUACAAGAUUCAGUAUGAUUUGGCUCUAAUUAAGCCCCCACCCACAUGCAGAGCAAGUAAACAGGGUGAAAAUCUCACAUCGGCUUUUCUGCCCUGAUGUCAGAAAAAAAAAAAUAUCUGUGACUUUGUACAGCACUUAAUGAGAUCAAAUCAACUGCCGGGCGUCUUAUAGUCGUUUCCCCGCAUUUGUUGUGUCGUGUUGUUAGUGUGUAUACGUGUACAGCUUAUUGUGAAGUCUUAUUUAAAAUCAUUACCUGACCGAACAAUAAUGUUUGUGUACAAUAAUGUACAGACUGUGACUCCUGAAAACAGUGUUUCUUGUGUCUUGUGAAUGAUUCAGUGUGAGUGAAUGAGGAAGUGAAGCAGGUAAAUAGGGCAUCUGUGUGUGUGUGUG